GCCUUAAAAAUACAAAAUGAGUGAAAGUUCCAGUUCCAAUUGCUCCAAGGAUCGCGCCAAACCGGUGGAAACCCUGGUUCUGGCCAACUAUGCCUUGAAAGCCGAGCAGAAAAAGGCCCAAGGACAAGGUGGCCGAAAGGAGGACGAACGCAUCACCACGGCGGUGAUGAAGGUCCUCGAGGGCUACGACUGGAAUCUAGUUCAGGCCUCAGCCAAGGCACCCACGGACCGCAAAAAGGAGCACAUCAAGCGACCUAUGAACGCCUUUAUGGUUUGGGCCCAGGCAGCUCGACGGGUGAUGUCCAAACAGUAUCCGCAUCUGCAGAACUCGGAGCUAAGCAAAUCGCUGGGCAAGCUGUGGAAAAAUCUAAAGGAUAGUGAUAAGAAGCCCUUUAUGGAGUUUGCCGAGAAGCUUCGGAUGACGCACAAGCAGGAGCACCCGGACUACAAGUACCAGCCGCGGCGUAAAAAGGCGCGUAUAAUGCCCAACCAGCAGAUGGGCGGCGAAGGGGGAUCCCCUGGACCAGAAAUGACUUUGUCCGCCCAACAGGGAAACUCCGGGAAGCCAAGGAGCAGCAACUCAAAUGGCCAGAGACGUGGGGGCGGAAAAUCAAAUGCAGCUGGCCUUACCAACUGCCCCUUGACCAUCUCGAAUACGAAUAUGAACUCCUCCGGCUCCUCUUCCUCCGCGGAUGUGUUCAGUAAUGAGGCCUUCAUGAAAUCCCUGAACAGUGCCUGUGCGGCCAGUUUGAUGGAGCAGGGUCUCAUCGAGGCUGGACUGGAUUCGCCCUGCUCCACGGCCAGUUCCAUGUCCUCGCUGACGCCCCCGUCGACGCCCUACAGUGGAGCCUCCUCCUCGGGAGGAGCAAAAUCCUCUGCAGCAGCAGUUGCACCCGCUGCAGGAAAUAACUCGAGUCUUUUGCUGAGGCAACUAAGUGAGCCGGUUGCAAAUGCUGCUGAUUAUGGAGUGCUACUCGAGGCGGGCAGGGAAUAUGUGGCCCUAGGUGAGGUCAAUUACCAGGGGCAGGGGCAGUCAGCUCAGGAAAUGGACUUUCUGGAGGGCAUAAAUGGAUAUGGUGGCUAUAAUGCGAGCAGGGUGAGCUACCCUGGCUACUCCUACCCCACAAACGGAGGACAGGGGCACUUUGAGGAGCAAACGCAGGCGUCACAGCCCGGUGGAGCCUUAAAUUACAAGCCAACGGGAGAGGCAGCUGCCACCACCACCGACAUCGAUCCCAAGGAAAUUGACCAGUAUCUCAUGGAUCAAAUGCUGCCCAUGACGCAGCACCACCAUCAUCAUCCGUUGCACCCACACCACCACCCACUGCACCACCCCCUCCCACUGCACCACUCGCCGCCAUUGAACUCCUCCGCCUCGCUUUCAUCGGCCUGCUCCAGUGCCAGCUCACAGCAACCGGUGGUGGAGUACUACGACCACUUGGGCUACUCCCCCGUAGCCUCGGUCUCAGUCGCAGCCUCCAGCCAGCAGACCCCGAACUUUGGCCCCCAGCAACCAUAUGCCAGUGGAGGACUGACCCCCACCCUGGGUGACCCUGCUCCACAGCAGCAGCAGGAGCUGCAAUCCCAACAGCAGGAACAGCAGCAGCAGCACCAGAAUCCAUCGCAGCAUCAUCUGUGGGGCACUUACACUUAUGUCAAUCCCUAAGCUACUUCAUUUGCACAUUUGUUGUCCGGCACUGAGAAAAAAAGGGUUAAAAAAAUUCAUUGAAAAUUUCAUGACAUUCCUAAAAAUUUUCAACUAAAUUCGAAAUUAAAUAAGGG